AUUGCAUAAUAAAACCAAAAGCCAAGUGGAUGUGUUUUAAAACCUCGUAUGUCUUUUGCUCUCGAUUUAUUUGCUUUACAAUGUAAGACAAAUGUUGUAAAGAAAGAUGGUUGGUAUAUAUUCGUACAAAGAAAAGCGGAGCAUUGUUUUGAAGCAAUUUACAAUGCUUUAAAGAAUGGCUUGUUCCUCGACAGAAGAGAAAUACGGCUACGACGACUGUCGAUUUGAGAAAGAUGUCGACGAAAAUUUUCAUUGUUCUAUCUGCUACAAUGUUCUUAAAGAACCGAGGAUGUGCAGAAAUAAUGAACACGUCUUUUGUCUCGCCUGUAUCAGUGAACAUUUGAAGGUAAAUUCUCAAACCUGUCCUGAAUGCAACGAAUAUUUGAGUGUGGAUAUGCUUCGUCGGCCGCGUUUAGUGAAUAAUUAUUUAUCUAAGCUGAAGAUUAAUUGCGAUUAUGCCAGUCGGGGAUGUGCUCUGUUUAUUUGUCUUGAAGAUCUCGAAAAUCAUGUUGGAAGUUGUGGUUUGGCGCCCGUGUUGUGUUCAAAUGAAAAUUGUGGCAUGGAAAUUAACAAGCAAGAGAGGGACCAUCACGAGACUGUGGUUUGUGAGUAUAGGAAAGUGAAAUGUCAUGACUGCGAACAGAUACAGGAAGUCGUGGGAAAAUUGGAAGGAAGUUUGACAGAACUGGAUGGAAAAGUGGAAGCAGCAAAUGAAAAGAUGCAGAUCAAUCACGUUGAAAUGAAAAAGGUUGUCGGAAAAUUGAAAGGAAGUUUAGUGGAAAUGAAUAAGAAGUUUGAUGAAAAAGUGGAAGCAGCAAGAGAUGAUGCAAGGCAUGAAAUGAAAAAAGUCAAGAAUGAAGUAAAAGAAGUUAAGAAAGAAGUAAAAGGGGUGAAAGCAAAUCUUUCCAAAGUGAACAAGGACAUGGACGAAGUCAAAUUCAUGAUGAGUCAAAUGUUAACAAAGUUAGAAAUGCUUCAACUGCUGAACAAUCUGCCAUUUCCAACUGAGGGAGUAUUAAAUACCCCUAGAGGAGACAUUUUGAUAGCAGGUGGCGACGGACGUUCCAGUAAAACUGGAAAAAGUGCAGAAAUAUAUUCCUGGGAGAGAAAUUGUUGGUUUGAAGUAUCGCCAAUGAAUGAAAGGCAUAUUAAAGCUUCAUCAUUUAUUUAUGAUGAUCAGUUAUUUGUUGUUGGGGGAAGUUAUUCUGAGACGAUAGAGACCUUGGAUCUCAAUAACUUGCCUUUGAAAUGGUUGGAAUUCCCCGAAGAGUUGCCGUGUAAGAGUGAUGCUCAUCAAACUGUUGUUUGCAACCAGCAUAUCAUUCACAUUGGUGGAGAUUUAUAUAGAAAAGGACGGUCCAAUGCUAUUAGUGAACUACAACUUACCUCACCACCAAUUAUGAAAGAGUUGGGCCACAUGUCAAAGCCGCGGUAUUGUCAUGGUGCUGAGGUAUUUGAAGACAAAGUCCUGAUCUUUGGAGGAGUAAAUGAGCAUUCCAAUGUGUUCGACAGUGUGUUGGAGUUUGAUCCAAAGAAGAAUGAAUGCAAAGAGAUGCCAUUAUUGCCACAUCCCGUGACGCGAAUGGGAACGGCUCGUUGGAAAGAUAAAGUCUAUGUGCUUGGAGGUCGUGAUAGGGAUGGUCAAGUUUUGAAUGAUGUUAUCAUGUAUCACUGCAAGACAGGCAAGACCUCAUUCCUACCAUCCAUGCUGGAAAGGAGAUCCGAUUGUUGUGCAGUUGUCGCUGGAGAUAGAAUUGUGGUCAUGGGAGGUGAGAAUGAGAAGCAUGAAACUCUUAAUUCUGUGGAGUGUUUUAAGAUGAGUGGUUCUAGAUGGGAAUAUCUUCCUGACAUGAAUGAAGCCAGGUGGAGCGCAGUUGCUGAAGCUUUACCUGCCAAAGGUUUGACAUCUGACAUGUAUUUUGACGAUUUGUAUUCUUAAUUAUACAAUAUAUAGGGUUGUUUUAGAAGAAAUUACGUACAUUCUAGUAGGGUGUUGAUGGGGUAUAUCAUGAGUCGUGAUUGCUCAACUUCGGUUACCGUCAGUCGUGAAAACACUAAAAAUUUUACCGUGAAGCGUGACACUUUUCAGCAGAUUCAAAGAUUUACCGUUAAAAUACCAGAAUUUUACAGUUAAAAUACCAAAAUUUUUACCGUUUACCGAUUUUCAGACUCCCCCUCCCCAUCUAGACCCUCUUCUAGAAAUUCGGCGAGAAAGGAAUGUUUAAAAUGCUUAGGAAGUUAGUAUAUGGCUAUAUACAUACAUUUAUAUAAAUAAACUUCAUUAAUGUAAUAAAUGUAUUUAAUUAAGUGGCACAAUAAAUGUCAAAAGUCUGUCCCUGAAAAAUGCCCACCCCGCGAAAAAUUUGGAAAAGUGCGUAACACCCUCCCCCCCCCCAAAAAAAAAGAAUGUGCGCUCUUGCUCAUAAAUUACGUUUACCCUACAGUCUUGAUCAAAACCAUCAGCGACACUCUAUUAAAACGUUACAUUGUGGCUAUUAGACCGGAAUAGUUUACUCGUGCCCUCCCUCCCCCGCCGCCCCAUACCAACGUUGGACGUCAGAGGUUGGACGUAUUACAAUUGUUUUAAUCAUACUCUGGGAAUACAAUCAACAUUGAAUAUUUGGAAUAAGGGGGAGGUUUAAUUUUCUAAAUUGGCGAUAAUACCAAGAAAGUUGGUGAAAUAAUUGGAAGUGCCGCAAAUGUUUUGUGUGCAGAAUUACAGUUGACUUGAUAGCUCAAGGCAGCACGUUAAUAAAACGAGCUUUGGUUUCUAUGUUCUUUAUUGUUUGCAAAAACAAGAUACGAAUAUAGGGUUGGGGGACUAUAUUCUUUCCUAAUACCGAUGGUUGCCCGAGUACUCUCCGACAUCUUAUCGUAUUUUUAGCGGAAAAUAAACGAGGGACAAAACAAAGCUCAUCUUACGGUAUCCCGC